AUGGGGCUGACUCCUUCGUGUUCAAUACCCGAGCCAUGGGCCUUAGAGCGCACGCCGGUGCAUUUGCUUGCAGCGGUCUAUGCAUCUGCUCUGCCUUUUGCCGCCCAUGACGAUUAUCUGUGCGUGCUGCAAACAUAUAACGCCCCCCCGGCGGACAGGCUCUGGCGGAUGGCCUAUGAGCUAAUUUCCGAGGAGAUCCACACACCACACCUGGCUGUUCUGCAGACGGCCUUGUUGUACCUGCAUCGGCCACUGGACGAGGCCCGGGCCAGCAUCGCUGACACCCCAUUUGUCUGGUCAUUUGUCGGCACCAUUGUGGGCCUAGCCGAAUCACUGGGGCUGCACAUUGAAUGUCGUAUGUGGGGGAUACCCGCCUGGGAGAAGCGUCUGCGUCGCCGGCUGUGGUGGGCCAUCUAUGCCGAAGACAAAUGGCGCAGCUUGCUGAUGGGUCGUCCGCCGUAUAUUCAUCGGAGUGAAUGGGACGUCAGUGAGCUGGAUGGAGCAGACUUCCUCUACCACACCAGGGGUGCUUCUUCAUCGUCAUCCGGGGUCCACCAACCACAAGAUCCGGUGCCUUUUCGCUACCUGGUGGACCUGUCUGGCAUUGCAGAACAGAUCUAUGAAUCAUUUUAG